AGCAACUCCAACUUCAUUUCAGACGUACACAGAAAACAGGUACACCGUACACGAACACCUUUACUCAUAGGCGUGCAAGACCAAGUACUCCAUUCACAUCGCAUACACAUAAAAACUCAUAAAUCUCACGCAAACAAGAACAUCAUAAAAAUAAAUAUAAAAUAUAAGAUACUAAAAUAACCAGAGCAAAGGAGAUCACUAAGAUGAUUCACUCAUAGUUAUACGAAAAGAAAGAAGCAACAGAGAGCUCAACCACAAUGUUUCAGUUCCAGACAAACGCUGCGACGGCGAGCACAGCGGCAGCAACAGCAAGUGAGCAGCUCCCACCGGCGGCCAUGGGGCCCGUCGCCGCCGCGCCGUUGUUGGACGAUCCGCUGUACUGGGCGGUGGCAUCCUCAAAACAGCUGACGAUGCAUACGACGAACAGCACGAGCGCAAUGACCGGCUUGGGAGAAGAACGCUCCAUCUUGUUCUGCUUUUGCUUGCCUGUUCAGAGUUCAGAUCUCAGAGCUGAGACGAUACACUUGAGCAUUUCGCUCAAAUUGACAGGAUUUAUAUAGAAUUGCCUCAAGUUGACAUGGUAAACAUAGUACACAGAUGCACAAUACAAGUUUGUCCAUUUCUCUACAUCGUGUUCUGCUCGCCAGGAUGAGUUGGGUUUGAUCUGGACGGCUGGUUUGUUGCUGCAUAUUCGUCUGAAAAAUUCAACAAGCAGAUGAGGUGCUGGCUUUGUUUCUGAUGCUAGAGUUCCUUCCUUUUUGUCACUUGUAAGUUGUAACUUUCACUAUCCAUACAACAAACGUAACAAAAUUUCCUUUUCAGAGAACAAAACUGAUGAUCUGAUUGACAACGUCAGUUCUUAUGUGUGUUGGUCGCAUCGCAUUUAUCAAUGAGCUUAGAUGAUGCCUAUGUUCAGCUGAUGCCUGAUGCCAUCAGCCACAGCCAUGUCGAUACGCUGGCUGAUUAGCUGAUCGAUGACUCCAAUGUAAGCAUGGAAACCACCUAGUACAUCAUAUGGCACUCCGGUGAUGAGAGGAGUUCGUGUUUUCUUGGGGCGCUGCGUUGCUGGAGUUCAUGGGGCCAGCCGCGCCGCCGUCCGAAGCCGCCGCGGCGGCCGACGAUGUGGUGCUCCCGUACAUCUCGCGUAUUCUCAUGGAGGAGGACAUCGACGACGACAUGUUCUUCUGCCUGUACCCCGACCACCCCGCUCUCCUCGAGGCGCAGCAGCCGUUCGCCCAGAUCCUCUCCUCCUCCUCCGGCAUCGCCGGUGAGGUGAACAGUGCACCCAUGGAGGAUUCUGCUGCCUUGAUGAUGCAGGGGAGCGGCAAUGGUAGGGGACGGAAGGGUAGUAAGCAUGGCGGGGACGAGCUGGAGGCCGAGGUGGGCAGGGCGAGCAAACUGAUGGCCACGCCGGAGGAGGAGGACGACGACGACGAUGGCGUCGGCGAGAUGUUGGAGAAGAUGAUGCUCAACGGGGACGAGGAGAUGAACGCGCCACGCGUCCCCGCGGAGAAAAACGGCGGGAAGGCGGCGCGGCGGAAGAGGAGGCAGGGCAAGGGGGAGGUGGUGGACCUGCGCGAGCUGCUCAUGUCGUGCGCGCAGGCGGUGGCAUCGGGCAACCGCCGGAGCGCCGGCGAACUCCUGGAGCAGAUCAAGCGGCACUCGUCGCCGACAGGGGACGCCACCGAGCGGCUGGCGCAUUACUUCGCCGACGGCCUGGAGGCGCGGCUGGCCGGCGCGGCGAGCCUGGAGCACCGGCUGCUCGCGUCCGCGGAGGAGCGCGCGUCGGCCAUGGAGUUGCUGGAAGCGUACCAGGUGUUCAUGGCGGCGUGCUGCUUCAAGUGGGUGGCGUUCACGUUCGCCAACAUGGCCAUCCUCCGCGCGGCGGAAGGGAGGAGCAAGGUGCACAUCGUGGACUACGGCGGUCAGUACCACGGCCUCCAGUGGCCAUCCUUGCUGCAGCGGCUGGCGGAGAGGGAAGGCGGGCCACCGGAGGUGAGGAUGACGCUCGUCGGCCACCCGCAGCCAGGUUUCCGGCCAGCCCGACGGCUCGAGAGGACGGGGCGCCGGCUCAGCAACUGCGCGCGCGCGUUCGGGCUCCCAUUCAAGUUCCGCGCCGUGGCGGCGGCGAGGUGGGAGACGGUCACCGCCGAGGACGUCGUCGGCGUCGACCACGACGAGGCGGCGGUCGUCGUGAACGACGUGCUCAGCCUGGGCACCCUGAUGGACGAGAGCGGCGUGUUCGACGACCCGAGCCCUCGGGACACGGUCCUCGGCAGCAUCCGCGACAUGCGCCCGGCGGUGUUCGUCCAGGCCGUGGUGAACGGCGCCCACGGCGCGCCCUUCUUCCCGACGAGGUUCCGGGAGGCGCUCUUCUUCUUCUCGGCGCUGUUCGACAUGCUGGACGCGACGACGCCGGAGGAGGGGAGCCACCUGCGGGCGGUGCUGGAGAGGGACGUGCUGAGGCGGGCGGCGGUGGGGGUGAUCGCCGGGGAAGGGGCGGAGCGGGUGGAGCGGCCGGAGACGUACAGGCGGUGGCAGGCGAGGAAUCGGCGCGCGGGGCUGAGACAGGUGGCGGUGGAGGCCGACGUGGUGGAGGCGGUGAGGCGCAGGGUGAGGAGGCGGCAUCACGAGGAAUUCGUGAUCGAGGAGGAUGCAGGGUGGUUGCUGCAGGGGUGGAAGGGGCGCAUCCUGUAUGCUCACUCGGCGUGGGUCGUGGCAGAGGAUGGUGCGCACUAGCAACUAGCCGCCAUGACGGUGUUCGUGUGUACUGGGAAUGCUUGUUUGCUGUUGGAUCAGUGGAGUUUAUGGUCUUUGGAUUGUUUCAUAUCCCUGCAGCAACUAGCGUUGGAGAGCUCACAGUAGUAACAACAAGCUUAGUGGCAAUAAUCCUUUCAGCUGCUUCAGCACAAGACGAGCUUCCAUUGUCCACCAAUGAAUGACUAAUGUAAUAUACCAGGAAAACCAUAACGGCAUAACCACUAGCUUCCUUUCAGCACAAGACGAGCUUCCAUUGCCAUUUGUCCACCAAUGAACGACCAACCAAUGUAAUAAUACCAGGAAAACCACAGACCAGACCACAUAACCACAGAUUAGAGUUCAGUCCUUGAAGAUUGCUGAAGUUCGAUGCUGAUCCCACGGGAUCUUUCAACUGUUGGCGUUACAGCCUUUCUUUCUUUGGUGCUUAGCUUGGGCAACGUACAGGUACAGGCACCGCCCAUAUUUCUGCAGUUCUGCUCUUUCUGAAGCUUAUUGGGCGAAAGAUAUUGCCGUGUCAACAUUAGUGACCACUGACCAGCCAACACAACAUAAGAUACUUCUCACCGAGAUCACCCCAACACACACACACACAACUCAAAAACUUGAAGAAACCGGUGCCCCCUCCACUUUUAUCCGGGCUUGGGACCGGCACUGGCAGUGUUAGGCACCCCCCUACCCCCAAACAUAACACCCCAACACGUCAAGUGAAAAAACAAUUGGAGCACCUCUGACUGUUAAACAGUAUGAAGUUAGUGAGUAUAAAGAAUAGAUCGAGUUAGCUACCCAUAGCCCAUCAUAGCAUCUACCAACAUCAAGG